UAGCAGGGCGGUAGAGGGCAGUGUCGCCCUGAGCAAUGACAGUUGUCCCGCGUUCGACUUUUGAAGGAAUAAUAAUCAACUAUCGACCAAUUAAUUCCCCAUCGCAAGGAUGUCGGACCCGAAGCAGAUGACGGCACCUAAAAGUGCUAAAAUCGCAGCUGGAGCUGUGGUGUGCGUUGAGAGUGAAAUAAGAGGAGAUGUCACCAUUGGUGCCAGGACAGUUGUCCACCCAAAAGCUCGGAUCAUAGCCGAGGCAGGGCCCAUAAUUAUCGGAGAGGGUAAUCUGAUUGAGGAGCAGGCUCUUAUUAUUAACAGUUAUCCGGAGAAUAUAAUGCCAGACUCAGAGGGAGUGGAGCCUAAAACAAUGACCAUUGGGACCAAUAAUGUGUUUGAAGUGGGCUGCAUCUCCCAAGCUUUGAAAAUUGGAGAUAACAACGUGAUUGAGUCCAAGGCUGAUGUCGGGAGGAACGUGAUCCUGACCGGCGGCUGCAUCAUCGGCGCCUGCUGCCAGGUGAACACGUGUGAAGUCGUGCCCGAGAACACGGUGGUGUACGGCUCAGGCUGCAUCAGGCGCGCGCAGAGCGAGAAGCCGCAGCCACAGACCCUGCAGCUCGACUUCCUCAUGAAGAUCCUCCCCAACUACCACCACCUGAAGAAGACGGCCAAAGGAAGCGGCACGCCUUUGAGGAACUAGCUGGAGAGCGGUGUCGACACCAGUCCUCCUUUCUUGAGCCUGGCAGAGAGGAACUGGAUGCUGCCGUCAGUCAGGAUCACUGAUAGGAUGGGAAAACACAGAAGCACUUUAAGUUCACGCGUUUAUGCACUUGUUUUUCACCCAAGUGAAAAAACCCCCACCAUAACACAGUUUUGCUCUUUUGCUUUGGGGUUAACUUUCUGAUUUUUGUUGUUGUUAGUGGUGUUAUAAUGUGCAGAUUUGGUUGUAAAUGUGCAAAGAAAGUCAUUAAAAUAUGAAAUCCAAUAAACAUUCCAAUAAACAUUCAUUGUGAGGA